AAGCGACUGUUGCAGUUUUGGGAAGUUAUAUCGGAUGAGCAUGGAAUUGAUCCAACAGGAGCCUAUAAUGGUGAUUCGGACUUACAACUGGAGCGCAUCAGUGUCUAUUAUAAUGAAGCCAGUGGUGGCAAAUAUGUACCACGUGCUUGUUUGGUCGAUCUGGAGCCCGGUACUAUGGAUUCAGUUCGUUCUGGACCAUUCGGACAACUUUUCAGGCCCGAUAAUUUUGUAUUUGGGCAUUACACGGAAGGUGCUGAGCUAAUGGACAAUGUUCUAGAUGUUGUGCGUAAGGAAGCCGAAAACUGUGACUGCCUUCAGGGGUUUCAAAUGACACAUUCGCUCGGUGGCGGCACCGGAUCUGGAAUGGGAACUUUAUUGAUCGCCAAAAUCAGAGAAGAAUAUCCGGAUCGAAUCGUAAAUACAUUUUCAGUCGUUCCAUCUCCAAAGGUUUCUGAUACUGUGGUUGAACCGUACAACGCAACUUUAUCAGUUCAUCAGCUGGUUGAAAAUACAGACGAAACAUUUUGCAUCGAUAAUGAGGCAUUAUACGACAUUUGUUUCCGGACCCUGAAAUUAACAACACCAACGUACGGAGAUCUCAAUCAUCUGGUAUCAUUGACAAUGUCCGGUGUAACAACUUGUCUUCGAUUUCCUGGCCAGGUUUUUUUUCAAAACUUGCGAAAGCUAGCAGUAAAUAUGGUACCAUUUCCACGCUUGCACUUUUUUAUGCCUGGUUUCGCGCCACUCACGUCACGUGGUAGCCAGCAGUAUCGAUCGUCAACGGUGUCUGAAUUAACGCAGCAAAUGUUUGAUGCCAAAAAUAUGAUGGCUGCUUGUGAUCCACGACAUGGCCGAUACCUUACCGUAGCGGCCAUCUUUCUGACUGCUGUUAAAGCGAUGUUUCGACGAAAGGCAUUCCUGCAUUGGUACACCGGUGAGGGUAUGGACGAAAUGGAAUUCACUGAAGCAGAAAGUAAUAUGAACGAUCUCAUCUCCGAAUAUCAACAGUAUCAGGUUCGUGUAAAAGAAUUAUACAAAGAUCCGAUGAAGAAGAAGGGAGGACUCCUCCUGAUGAAGCUACACUUUCAAGCUAAUUAA